AUGGCAUCUGCAUUACUGAUUCUGUUGUGGGCUAUGGUGAUACUGAGAGCAGACUCACUUCCUGAUAAAAAAUCUUUACUUCUCCCACCUACCAAUUUCACCAUCAACGUUAUCGGUCUAGCCCAAGUUCUUUUGCGCUGGGAACCAAAUCCUGAUCAAGAGCCAGAGAAUGUGGAGCUAGGCUAUCACGUGAGAAUAAAUGCUCCGCAAGAAGAAGAUUAUGAAACCAGAAACACUGAAAGCAAACGCAUAACCAUUCUUCAUCAAGGCUUUUCAGCCAGUGUGCAGACCAUUCCGUGGGAUGGCCACUCCCUCCUCGCAAGCAACUGGGUUUCUGCGGAGCUUAAAGCCCCACUGGGGUCUCCUGGAACCUCAAUUGUGAAUUUAACGUGUACUACAACGACCACAUUAAAUAACUCUAAUCCGUUAAGGCCAUACCAAGUUUCUCUUUACUGUACCUGGCUCGUUGGCAAGGAUGCCCCCAAGGAUACCCAAUAUUUCCUCUACUAUAGGUAUGGUUCCUCGACCGAAGAAUGCCGGGAGUACAAGAAAGACACACUGAAGAGAAACAUCGCGUGCUGGUUUCCAAGGACUUUUAUCAGAAGCAGAGGGAGUGACUUGCUGGCGGUGCAUGCUAAUGGCUCUAGCCAAUGUGCCACAAUCAAGCCUUUUGAUCAGCUGUUUGCUCUGCAUGCAAUUGAUCGAAUUAAUCCUCCCAUGAAUGUCACAGCAGAGAUCGAAGGAACCUAUCUUUCUAUUCAGUGGGAGAAACCCAUUUCUCCCUUUCCAAUUCACUGCUUUGAAUAUGAAGUGAAGAUUUACAACGCAAGGAAAAAUUAUUUUCAGACAGAAAAAAUGACAACGAAUACAUUCAUCUCGAUAACUGAUGAUAUUUCUAAGUAUUCCAUUCAAGUGAGAGCAGCAGUGAGCUCUGUGUGCAGACAGACGGGGUUAUGGAGUGAGUGGAGCCAAACAGUAUAUGUCGGAAAUGAUGAUCAGAAGCCCUUCACAGAAUGGUUUCUCAUCGUGCUUGUGGCAACCAUCUGCUUCAUCCUGUUAAUUUUCACUCUCAUCUGUAAAAUAGGUCACUUAUGGGCCAGGCUGUUUCCACCGGUUCCGGCACCGAAAAAUAGUCUUAAAGAUUUCCUUGUAAUCGUCAGCCCUGAGAAAACUGUUUCCAGUGAAACAGAAAUUGAAGUCAUAAGUUACGUGGAAGAGUCUGGACUUGAGACCCUGGAAGAUUCUGUGUUUUGA